AUGAACAAGACCAAGGACAAUUGGUGGAAUCGGACGACUGAAGCAGUAGCGCCAGAACCAACCCCGGCACAAGACAGACAAGAGCGCCCGCGUGUCGAGGCUGUGCUCAUGUUACGAAACGCGAGCAAGACUCUGAUCGAAGAUGACUUUACAAGGUUGAUUCCUCAAGGACUACAUAUCGAGGGCUGGGCUCUGGACCAAGCAGACAUUAUCAAGGUCGUGCCAGGACGCAAUACUAGCACUCUGGAACGCGCCAACUUCUACUUCAUUCUCUUCCGUUCACGACUUGCCAUGAACGCCUACCGCAGUCAUGUAAUGUCGUUGCACUCGCUUGCCUCGAGGCAUGUCCAGUCUAGCCUUACAUCGCCCAUACCACCACCACCAGGAUACCACCUCGAUGGCCAGGAUGUCGACGCUCUGUUGCAAACCUACACACUCGUCCCUCCAUCCCGUACCCUCCAACUUAUACCUCUACCUAUGCAAAUCUCACCUUCAGUACUCGACAUUAUCAACAAUCUAGGCUACCCAGCCAUUGUCAAUGGGCCCCUCAAGGAGCCAUACGUUGUCAUGGUACGCCUCGAAGGUCCUAAUAUGCUCACCACCAUGGCCAGAGGUAUUUUCAUCAAGGUUGAGCGAGCUCGAAGGUCACCAUGGAAUGGUGAGUAUGGUAAUCUGCCAUACCAUACUUGGGAGCCGGCACCCAAAAACAUUUCGCCGUCAGACAGAAAGGGUCGCCUGGACAAGGAUGGUGGCAUUAGAGGGAACAGGUGGUUGGAAGAGAUCGAAGAGGUGGCCGAUAUGGAUAAUGAUUUCGAGGCGGAUGAACGAACAGACGAUCGACCAGGCACACGCGAGAGACGCAAGGGUAAAUGCUCGCAUCUCUUUGGUUUCGACACUGAGGAUGCCGCCCUCAACUUUGUACAAUACUGGCACCGGAGACCGCUCGACAUCACUGGCACAAAUUACGAUACCGACGAUGUAGCGCCCGUGGUGGAUGCUGAGCUGUUGUGGUAA